GUUGAAAUCUGUGAGAGACCCAGACCAGUUUUUCUGGUGUGUGCGUUACACCGUAAAGCAUUUUCCAUAGUAUAUUAUCGUAGAUUCCAAAGACAGUCCAUGUAAGGUCCGAACUCCGAACCACGUAAUCUGACAGGUCGGAGAGAGAAGAAAAGGUAAACACACACACUGAGACACAGACACAGACACAGAGAAGAGAGAGAGAGAGAGAGAGAGAAAGAAAGAUUCAGACUUUUUGGUGAAACGAAAUAAAAAAAAGUUGUGGGUUUUGAUUGGUGGAGGACAAGGGAAGGUGGGCUCAUCAGAGAAGGAGACAAAGUGAUCAUUCACCAUCGUCUUCUAGUUUUAGUUCUAGUUCUAAAAUGGAUGGUAAUGGUGAGGGGGUUGCGGUUUUGGAACCUCAACCUUCUUCUUCUGGAGUUUCAUGCUCGAUUUGCUUGGAUUUGGUCUUGAAUAUUACUGGGGGAAGAUCCAGGGCUAAACUGCAAUGUGGCCAUGAGUUCCAUCUGGACUGCAUUGGCUCGGCAUUUAACAUGAAGGGAGCAAUGCAGUGCCCAAAUUGCCGAAAGGUUGAGAAAGGCCAAUGGUUAUACGCCAAUGGCUCUGCUCGUUCAUUUCCUGAGUCUAGUAUGGAUGACUGGAAUCCUGAUGAGGAUCCCUAUGACCUAAAUUACCCUGAAAUGCCAUUUAGAGUUCACUGGUGUCCAUUUGGUGAAUUGGCUCGAAUUCCUACAUCUUUUGAGGAAGUGGAAUCUCCAUCAACCACUUAUCAUGACAUGCGGGAACACCAUGGCAUGCCUUCUGAACACACUGCUCCAUCAUCUCUGCCUCAUUCAUAUGUUGCAUACUUUGGACCGAUUCCACAUGCAUCCUCAAGAUCUAGUGAUAGCAUUGAUGAUCCUAACUUCAAUUAUCCCUGGAAUGGUCUAUCUGGACACAAUGAUAUAUUUAAUCCCCAUAGUUUUCCUGCCAUUAGCAUCCAAUACCAUACUUUGGGUCGUCAUUCCCCUCCCUUCUCCCAAUUUGGUAGCCAUAUCAAUGGCGCUGAUCCAGCUUCUAUUCAACCUGCAACACAGGGAUCUACUCACAGUGAUUCCGAUGCUACAACAAGGUCCAGAUCUUUCCCAUAUCCACUUGUCUUUGCUCAUGGGUCUGGUCCUAGAGCUGGGAGCUCAUUUGUCUCCUCAGCUGUUCCUCGUUAUCCAGGGUCCAAUGUUCAUACCCAUGAAAUGAUACAGGUUUCUCAUGCGUUUCAUCUUCAGCAACGACCUAGCAAUUCACUAGGCAUGCCCUCACCUAUCAUUCCUGCUGUCAGGAGAAUCGAUAGUCCUGGGGGUUUGCCUCCAGUAGUGCCAGCAUCUCUACAACCUGAUGGCAAUGGUGGUUUUCAUAUCUAUCCUCCUCAAACUCCUUCAGUCCCGAACCUACAUGAAGCUGAAAAUCCUUUGCCAAAUCAAUUUCACGCGUGGGAAAGAGAGCACUUCUCUCGUUUCCCUCCUGUAUUAUCUGACAUGGACUCAGCAUGGGGGCAAUAUCAUCAUGCUGCUGGUGACUCUGAUUCUGUCAACAGGUCUGGUGGCUUAUGGCAUAGGCGCUGGCCCUAGAGGACCCGCUCCCCUACUAUGGUUGCAAAUGUUUAUCAAUCAAUUUAUCCACUUGAUACUUUUAAACGAAUCGCAUCUAAAUUAUGAUGGAUAACAAACUCAAUUGUGGGUAUUCAUAAACAUUUGUCCAUUUUUGUAAA